GGGAUCUGUCAUCUGUCACAGUGUUCCGUCUGUUUCCGUCAAGAGCCCGGGUUCAGACCAGAGCCGCUCAUCCCGCACAUUUACAGCCAGUGCGAUUUAUCUUUUGAGUUGCCAGCCCUCUCUUCAAAAAGCGCCCACCACGCAUCGCCCCGUUUGCCACUGCGAGCUCCCGCCCCAGGCCGCGGACAAUUUGCACCCAUCAGCUCAGCACCUCAGCUGUGCUACACCCGGAAAAAACACCGGCUCAUACCACCAAAACCAGGCAAACAAAACGAAACAAAACGAAACAAAACAAAACACAAAUACAGAAAAACACAUACACAUACACAAACACACAUACACAAACACACAUACACAAAUACACACACACACACACACACACACUAUGCUGCCCCUCGAUGCCAUUGUCAUCGGCGCAGGCGUCGUGGGCCCUGCGUUGGCCACGGCCCUCGCCAGACAGGGCCACAAGGUGUUGAUCAUCGAGCGUGACUGGUCCGAGCCAGACCGCAUCGUCGGCGAGUUGAUGCAGCCCGCCGGCGUCAAGGCGUUGCGAGAGUUGGGCUUGGUCCAGGCGUUGAACAACAUCGACGCCCGCCACGUCGACGGCUACUACAUCAAGUACCACGGCACGUCCAUCGUCAUCGACUACGCCAGCAAGGAAACGUGCCAGAAAACCGCGCCCGUGGUGCCGGUGCCCGACUGCGUGUUCGGCGGCAACGACAAGUUGAGCACGCACGACCCCGUGCUCCUGGCCAAGGACUGGGACGCGGCCGAAAACGUGCGGGGCGUGUCCUUGACGCACGGCAAGUUUCUCCUGAACCUCCGGCGCAUCGUGCGCAGCGAGCCCAACGUGACGUGGGUCGAGGGCACGGCCACGGCGUUGCUCCGUGCCCCCGGCCGGCCGCAGAGCGUGGUGGGCGUGCGGGUCAAGACCGCCGACGGCUCGGUCCACGAGUACCGCGCCAAAAUGACCUUUGCCUGCGACGGCAUCUACCUGAAGUUCCGCAAGGAGCACCUGCCAACCAACGUGCCCACCACGGGGCUGUACUUUGUCGGGCUCGCGUUGCACCACGCCGAGUUGCCGGCGCCCAACCACGGCCACGUGAUCUUGGGCAGCCACGCGCCCGUCUUGGUGUACCAGGUGUCGGCCGCCGAGACCCGCAUGCUCUGCGCGUACCGCUCCACGCGGCCGCCGUCGCUGGCCAACGACGACUUUGUCCAGUACUUGCGCACGCAGGUGUUGCCCAACUUGCCGCGCGAGCUCCACGCCAGCUUCGAGGCCGCGGUGGCGGCCCGCCUGUUCCGCGCCAUGCCCAACCAGUACCUCACGGCGCCGGAGCAGGGCCGCGGCAACGAGGGCUUCGUCAUGUUGGGCGACGCGCUCAACAUGCGCCACCCGCUCACGGGUGGCGGCAUGACCGUGGGCCUCAACGACACGGCGCUCCUCGCGCGGCUCUUGCACGGCGUGGACCUCGGCGACCAGCGGCUCGUUGACCAGAAGCUCCGCCUCUUCCACCGCAAGCGCAAGAACCUAGACGCGGUGAUCAACGUGUUGUCCAUCGCCUUGUACUCGCUCUUCGCGGCCGACACGCGCGGCCUCCAGGUUCUCCAGCGCGGCUGCUUCGAGUACUUCUUGCUCGGCGGCGACUGCGUGGACGGGCCCAUGGGCUUGUUAUCGGGCAUGAUGCCAUUCCCGAUGAUGCUCUUCAACCAUUUCUUCUCCGUGGCAUUCUACGCCAUCUACGUGAACUUCGUGGCACGCGGCGUCACGGGCUUCCCCGUGGCGCUCUACGAGGCCUUCGAUGCGUUCUACUCGGCGGUCGUGGUAUUCACACCCUACUUGUGGAAGGAGUUGGUGCGGUAGCGGGACGUGCACUGGUCCUGAUUUAGAAACUACGAACUGUGCGGGGACGGCCCUGUGACGCCGCCUUCGUGGUGUGCGCCGCAUAGAUACUACGAACUGUUCCGGGCGUCCCAAGGCUGCACGCCGCCCCACGGACUCUAAUAAGAUUCAGUUAUACUGGGCCAAAUCCCUGUAGCUUGUGUUUUCGGAUUGCUGCUUGCGUGUCGUUGAUUUUUCCUGUGGCCCAGCGUCAAGUAGUCUGGACGGGGCUCAUCUCACCCGCUUCUCUGUGCUCCAGCGCCAGGUCUCUUUAACAGCCGGCUGUGUUCGAUGCACGAUACUCUAGCCCGUGCAGUUGGCCUGUACGUUCGGAAGUCACUGCCGAUAGUACCACCGAUUACAAGCCGCCACCUUGCUUUCCCAAGAAUGAUAUUUCCGAAGCUCG